AUGUCAGCAGCCAUUGUUGCAGGUGCCUCCUCUUCCUGCUCUGCUGCCUUCACCAGAAACCCAUCUGCCAAAUCGAAUUCAAACUCACUGGUUCCUCAAUAUCAGAAAACCAAUUUCCAUGGGCUUUCAAUUCAAGAUGCGAAAAGGGAUAUGUUCAAUUCUUUGGUUUAUGAGAGCAAGAGCAGUGGUGGAAAUGUGAGGAAAAGGGGGCUUGAGAUUACAGCCAGAACUGCUGCUGCAAAGAACAUUGAGGUUGAAGUUGACAAGCCGUUGGGAGUGACUUUGGGGCAAAAAUCGGGUGGUGGAGUUGUAAUCACUGGUGUGGAAAAUGGUGGAAAUGCUGCAAAAGCAGGACUCAAAGUUGGGGACCAGGUGCUCUACACCAGCAGCUUCUUUGGCGAUGAACUCUGGCCUGCUGAUAAGCUCGGAUUUACAAAAACUGCCAUUCAGGCAAAGCCUGAUUCUGUUUACUUUGUUGUUAGCAGACCACUUCAGCUAAUUACCGAUGAAAUUGGAACUGGAUCAAGAAGCAGUGGAUCAGCUGCUGACCAGUGA